AUGGCUUCGGGAGCUUACGACCCGUUCCGUCCUAAGGGGCAAGCUUCGCAGGACCCGUCCGCGCCAUCGGGCUCCGGCCCGGAUAGAUUUGGAGUCAUGAAGGAGGAGCUCAACGGUGCCAUCAGAGCGGCGAGCCAUAACAUAGAAAGUGUUCGGGAUCGCGGCGAGCGCUUGGAUAAUUUGCAAGACAAGUCGGCCGGCCUGAAUGCCGCGGCCCAGGACUUCCACGGCCGCGCUGGUAAGGUCCGGAGGCAGAUGUGGUGGAAGGUGAGCAGAUUUGCGACGCCCCGCGAACUCGGUUUCGCCUAA